CACUUUUAAAUCUUGAUCUCUCUCCUCUUUCUCCAAGGAAACUUCCCAAGCUUUCUUCCUCUCUCCUCCGUUUCUUUCUCCCUUUCUCUUUAAUCCGAUCCUCGAUUGCUCCCAUGAGGAAGCUCUAGAGGAGGCACCUUGGCGAGCCCAAUCCAAAUACAAGGCAUAGGGGUUAAUUUCCUUGCUUAUGGGGUGCUUCCUUGCCUGCUUUGGGGGUGCCAAGGAUCGAAAGAGAAGAAGACCAGCUAAUAAAUCACUAUCGGUAGAUCGGGGAUGUGAGACUUACAAGCCUCUGCGACGGAGUCCUCCUCCAAAGCAACUCACACCGAGUCCUUCGAAGAAACGUGUCUCAGAAGCAGUGUUAGAUUCAACUCCGGAGCUGAGAGAAAAUUAUGAGCAGGGGAGCUUUAGCAGCAGCAAGAAGAAAGUAACAUUUGAUUUGAACGUAAAAACAUAUGAAGAGGUCUUAAUCGAUGAAGAUCCAGCGCAUUCAUCGGAGGAUAACAAAGAGGAUGGAGCAAUAAGAAAAGGAAGGAAGACUGAGGAAGGCGAUGACGAAUCUAUUCCAAAGUCGGGAGCUUUCCCCUUAAACCAUAGGUAUCAAAAUUGCGAGAGUAGUGAUGAUGAUGAUGAUAUUGACUUCGGAGAUGAAGAAGACGACUUCGAGGAGGAGGAUUAUGAGGACUCUGAUUUAGAUGAGGAAGAUAAUGAUGUCAACCUAGAGGGAAAUGAGGAAGAGUCUUAUGAUUCAUUUUUCUCGCUACCAAUGGAGAAAGAACAGCAAUGCAUUCAGGAAGUUAACAGUCCAAAAUCCAAGUGUGCCUCUUCCCCUGAUAGACAGCCAUCCCUUUUGCCCAAAGGUACCGCACGCGACAGGAGCCAGUAUGUCCAUUCUGUGCUGAAUCCUGUAGAAAAUCUCACUCAGUGGAAGGAAGUUAAGGUGCGUGCAGCUCCAACAAAGAAUCCGAAGAAAGAAAAUAUCAACUCAGAUAUAGAUAACCAGAUGACUUUCACUCCUGAGCCUACAUUUAAGAUCGAUGAGUUCCAAAAGCCUGCUAGCUCAAAUCCAAGUCCUAAUUUCCCUGCCAAACAGGAUAUUGCUGUGGAUGCUAGCCUCUCUAACUGGCUGGUUUCGUCGGAUAAUUCAGCCAAGGAAGGGCCCCAGCAAAGCAAUUCUCAUUUCUCCAACUCAUCAGUUAGUCGAGAGGAGAGGCCUAUUUUAGGUGCCUUAACUGUUGAAGAUCUCAAGCAAUCAUCAGUGACAUCGUCACCGAGAAGGUCUCCGAGCAGGAGUCCUGAUGAAAUCCCCAUUGUGGGUACUGUUGGUAGUUACUGGAGCUGUUUAAACCAGAGAAGUGAUUCAGGUUCUUCUUGUCAAUCUGGUUCGGAAAUCAAAGGGAUUCCAAAUACCACAAGCAAAUACAGAGAGGACAAGAGAGUGAACUGGCACGCUACUCCUUUUGAUGUAAGGGUGGAAAGAGCUCUCGACAAAGGUGCUGCUUAAGAUUGCCCAAGUUACUGUGCUCUUGGUGGAUUCUAAUAUGUGAGUUGAACUGUUGUGUGAUUACCUGUUGAAUUGUUGUGUGAUUACCAUAGUUUUUCCCCCCUCAUCAUCUUGCAUCCAAAUACUUUCCACUUUUCGAACUACUCUUGGCAAAGUUGUCCCUAACGUUUGUUUGGAUCACCCUUUCAGUCCAAGUUCAGUGUGAAUUCAACUGUUCUAUUGUAUCUUCUAUCACCAUCUGAUUGGGUUAUGAUGUCACUUUGUACUGUCAAUAAGGUGUCAGUGUAUUCAUUCAUGUCUGUGUGAGAAGCAAACAAUAACUGAAAGUAGGCAUAGUGUUGAGGUAUGCACCAGUUGAUUUUAUUUCUUCCUAUUCAUAGGCAAGUUUGUAAUGAGCUACUCUUGAUGGAUGGUAUACAUAAAAGUUUGUAACAAUUGGAGCAGGAAGUCCAAUGCUAGUAUAUGUAAUUUGAGCAUUGUAAAAUGGGGGGAGAGGUUUAGAUGCUUA